AUGAAAUUCGUUGAUGCCGCCGAGUGCUGGCACUGGAACGAGGCGACGAACGAAGGUGCUUUCUUGCACACAACCGUCAUUGCGACUGGUCAAGACCAGAAAUUGUACUUCGCCGAAGUCCACGAUCGGCAAACAAAUGUCGAUUCCGAAAAGGUACAACAGUGGUUCGAGAUCCCACUCGAACACAUAUACCCAUCCCUUCCGGCCGAUCUGAGCGUGUUCCAAGGAGAACUCAACGAAUCGAUUUACCAGAAACAGCCACGCUUUUCUGCGUACGAUUGCUCUCCUCAUUUGGCGGAGUCACUUUUAAGAGAGGCUACAAUAUAUGAGCGCCUACAGCAACACAAGUCUCCUUCCAUUGCAAGGUGCCACGGGUGCAUAGUGUCGGGCGGCCGUAUCGUGGGCAUUGCUCUCUCCAAGUACGACCAGACUCUGCAUGAACGAAUGAGGGAAAGCUUCGAGCACGCUCAGGCUGUCAGAUGGCUUGACCAAAUACGCCAAGCUCUCGAAGUCCUUCAUUCCAAAGGACUCGCUCACAAUGACCUGAAUCCGUGGAACGUCAUGAUCAGCGACGAGGACGCUGUUAUCAUCGAUUUCGAUUCUUGUUGUCCGUUGGGAGAGGAAUUACUCAAAUGUGGCACACCUGAUUGGGCUGACGAAAGUGCAAUUAUAUCUGCUACAGCAAACGACGAGUACAGUCUGCGGAAAAUCGCGGCCGUCCUUGGUAUUCUGGAGUAA